AUGUAUUCUGAUGAUAAAUUAUUAUCUUCCUUAUUAUCAAGUACACAUACCCAUGUAGAUGAUGUAGUCAAUCUGUCAUGUGUAUGUCAUGCAUUGGAUUGUGAUUGUUGCAAAAGAAAUAAACGGAAUCGAUAUACACCUAAUGAUGUUCAAGAACAGUUUGACAGAUUAACUUAUUUAUCUAGUUUAAAAAAGGAUCAAAUACCACAUGUUAAAACUUGUUUGGAUCAAUGUCAAUUUACUUGUCCUUCACCAGCAUUACGCUAUAGUAAAGCAUUACGUCGAAAAUUAUGUUCAGUACCGGAACCUAUGUUAUUUGGUUUACCUAUUCAAUAUGAUGUACGUAGAAUGGUUUAUUUUUUUUUUAUAUGCAUUCUUGAUUUCUAA